GUUUAUGCGCAUCGAAUCUUCCUCUUCUCCACCUUCAUCUUCAUCAUCUAAAUUCAACUACAUCUCCUCCGAAAACCCUAAUCCAACCCCUAAAUUCUCAACCAUGGAAUCCAUCGGUGUACUCAUGACUUGUCCGAUGAACGCUUACCUUGAGGGGGAGCUGCAGAAGCGCUUCAAUCUUUACAAGUUCUGGCAAUUUCCUCAGAAGACGCAAUUCCUCACGGAGCAUUGCAAUUCGAUUCGUGCCGUUGUUGGAAAUGCGUCAGCUGGUGCCGAUGCUACUUUGAUUGAUGCCUUGCCGAAGUUGGAGAUUGUCUCCAGCUUCAGUGUGGGAUUGGAUAAGAUUGAUCUCAAAAAGUGCAAGGAGAAGGGGAUUCGGGUCACUAAUACUCCCGAUGUUUUAACUGAAGACGUUGCGGAUUUGGCGAUUGGGUUGAUUAUAGCGGUGCUGAGGAGGUUGUGUGAAUGCGAUAGAUAUGUCAGGAGCGGGAAGUGGAAGAUUGGUAACUACAAGUUGACUACCAAGUUCUCUGGCAAAUCGGUUGGCAUUAUUGGUUUGGGAAGGAUUGGCUUAGCAAUUGCCAAGAGAGCUGAAGCAUUCAACUGUCCUAUAUCUUACUACUCAAGAACAAAAAAGGAAGACACCAAGUACAAGUACUACUCAAAUCUUCUCGAGUUGGCCUCCAACUCAGAUAUUCUGAUUGUUGCUUGCGCGCUAACUAAAGAAACCCACCACAUCGUUAAUCGAGAAGUUAUUGAUGCAUUGGGUCCAAAAGGUGUUCUCAUCAACAUUGGGAGGGGUCCUCACGUCGAUGAACCUGAAUUAGUAGCUGCCCUGGUUGAAGGCCGAUUAGGCGGUGCAGGACUCGAUGUGUUUGAAAACGAGCCUGAAGUCCCCCAAGAGCUGUUUGCACUCGAAAAUGUUGUCCUGGUGCCGCAUAUAGGAAGUGGAACUGUUGAAACUCGCAAAGAAAUGGCUGACCUUGUGCUUGGAAACCUGGAAUCUCACUUCUCCAAUAAACCUCUGUUAACUCCAGUGGUAUAGUUUUGUGAUUGAAACAAAUAUUAGCCUUCGCUGUUGCCUGGAGAAUUCCAUGGCAUCCUCAGCCAGUAACCAUCAGACAAAACACAUCGAGUGAACGAAUCAAUUCGACGAAUACUAGCUGGUGAUGUUCAUAAUUUGAAUCUUCUAUGAUUAUUGCUUUCAUCCCUUGUUGGUAUAGUUCAAGUUUUCUUAAUCUGAUGUAAUAGCUUAGCCCUGUUGGUAUGACAUGUGAAGAUAUCUUAAUAAACGUUGUUGGGGGAAAUGCUAUCUGUGAUAUUUGUUUGGUGAA